AUGUUAGUGUUGAUUAUUGGGUUGCUGAUUUUGGUUGUGAUGGGAAGAACAAUUCCACAACAUGCAAAAACGGAUAAAACACAAGGAGAUGUCAUACCACUCGACUGUAAUGGAACUAUUGUGAAUGUUACUGGAGAAGAACUUCCGAACUAUGAAGAAUGUGAAAAAUACACGUGGAGCAAUGAUACGUAUAUUCUCGUUGUUUGUGAUAACGAACUUCUCAACAUGACCACAGAACAGCGACUAAUUUCUGAUUUGUGUGUCGACUUCAAGUUAGACGGAAAUGGAACCAUCCUAUUGAAUUGCAGUGGGGUUGUGGUCAAAGCAAACCACGAACAAAAUGCGACAUUGAAGAAUUGCAUCGAAGUCAAAAAUAAUACGAAAGUAGUAACUAUUGUAUGUAAUGGGACUUUGGUAAAUGUGGCUGAAGAAGAGAGGUAUCUGUAUGAAGACUGUACUGACUACAAUUCAAGCAAAUUGACUUUUGUCAUCAUAGAUUGUAAUGGAUAUAUUUAUAACGUGACCACAGAACAAAGAGACAAUUACACCAAUUGUGUCGAUUUCUUAAAGGUAGACGACGCAAAUGUCACAAUGAAAUGUACAGGAGGUAUCAUCAUUGAAACGAUAAAAGACGACAUUGAACAUUAUAAGAAUUGUAAAGAGUUUACGAAUGAGUAUAUUAUCAUACAAUGCGAUAUAACAAUUAUCAAUGUUACUGUUGAAGAUAGACAAAACUACCCCGAUUGCACCAACUAUAUGUAUAAUGACACAUCAUUUAUAAUCAUCAAUUGCAAUGGAACAAUAAUGAAUAUGACAUCGAAGCAGAGAAUUUAUUAUAUGGAAUGUGUCAAUUAUGUCCCAGACUUGUUGGCCGAUGUCACGUUAAACUGUUCGGGUAUUAUCAUACAAGCUUCAGAAAAACAAGAGGAGGAAUUGAUUAAUUGUGCAGAAGUGGAGACUGAAAAGGUAAUCACUGUCGAUUGCGAUGGAACGUUAGUCAAUGUGACUCAAACUGAGCAACCCCAUUAUGAGAAUUGCACAGAGUUUAUACCAAGCAACAAUACAUACAUUGUGGUGAACUGCAACAAUUAUAUAUAUAACGUAACAACACAAAUAAGAUACAACCUUAUUUGGUGUAAAGACUUCAUCCCCGGUGUUAACGCCAAUAUCACUCUCAAUUGUGAAGGUCUCAAGAUCAAUGCGAGUUACGAUCAGAUGAACGAAUUUGUGAAUUGCUAUCCAAUCAAUUCCACUUAUCACAUUUUGAUAUCAUGUAACGGCACCUUGACGAACAUCUUGGCGUCAGAUAGAAUGAAAUACCCCACAUGCUCAGAUUACAUGAAAGAUGAUAACAUAUACACUAUAGUUAAUUGUAACGGAACAGGUUAUAACACAACAAAAACAAAAAGGGUGGACGAGUAUUAUACGUGCACGGAAUACAUAAUACCUUACCAAGCAAAUGUUACUAUCAAUUGUAAUGGAACUAUAUUUAAUGUGACUAAAGAAGACAGAAAUCAAUUUAACAAUUGCGUGGACGUGUACCCUAUUCGUCCUAAUGAGACAGUAACAAUUAAUUGUGACGGGAAAAUUGUAAACAUUAGCAGACUAGACAGACCUUUCUACCCAAAUUGUACGGAUUAUGUAACACCAGUUAAUAACACUAAGGUGUAUCACCAUGUUGUUUGUAACAAUACAUCACUUUAUGUUGACCAAAAUGAAUUGUUGUAUUACAAACAUUGCGAAGACAAGGGCGUGGAAAACUUCAUCUUUAAAAAUGCGAAUUUGAAUCACCAAAACAUCACCAAUGUUGAGAAGAAAGAUAUGAAAAUGGAAGAGUGUAAAGUAGAGAGUGCGUAUGUGGCUUAUUCGAAAAUAGAGCAGGGCUCAUUCAAAAAAACCGAAUUUUCAAAGCUUGUUGUUGAUUUGUCCGUUGUGGCCAAUUCGUUUUUUACUAAAACCGAUUUCAAAAAGUUUGUGUCGAACGGGCUCGACUUUUUGAACUGCUCAGUGUAUGAAGCUGAUUUUGAGAGUGGCACAAAAGUGAUGAAUUCCAUGUUUAAUGGUGGGAGUUUUGUGAGUGUCGAAAUUAAAGGGAGUGAUAAACACGGAAGAGGGAAUAAAGGAAUGACAAAGGAUAAUGAAAUGAUGAGAAGUAAAAUCGAUGAAAAGGGUUCAAAGGAAGGAGAGACUUUGUUUCAAGGAGUCACUUUUCUUGAAAACAUUUUCGAUGAUUUCAAAUUUGAAAGAGCGAAACUGACUGAUUUCUAUUUGUACAAAGGAGUUUUCAUCAAAUUCAAAGUAAAAGAGUCUCAGAUAACAAACAUGACAAUAUUUAACAGCAAUUUCUAUACUGUUACUAUUGAAAACACACAUGUUGUCUAUUCACAUUUUACUGUGGUUGUACAUGAUCAUUUCGAAAUUAAAAAUACAACAUUCGAGAAUUGUGUUUUGAACUUGGACAAAGAUAGUAAGUCGAUUUUCAGAAACACCAAAUUUAUUAAUUCGUCGGUAAAUGGUAUUUUCAUGGAGGAGAAGACUGGUGACUUCACGACAGAUCAAUUUGGCAUUACAGAUAAUGUCCCGAGUGAAAGCGAAAGUAAUGGAAAUGAAAGUAAUAACCACAAGAUUGUCAUUACUGUUGUUAGUGUAGUGGUGGCAUUGUUAGUUGUUAUUUCGGUCAUUAUCGGUGUUAUUAUGUUCAUUUAUUUUGGAAGAAAGAAUCCAAACAGAUCAAACCCUUAUAAUUAUGUGUUGGCUGACAACUAA